CCAGGUCAGCUUAGGGCUCCACUUCCCCCUGGGUGGAGCGAGCACAGGCCCUAUAAAGAGGCUGCCUGCCGUGCCACUGCCAUCCUCCCAGCCGCGAGUUCUGAUCUACGCUGAGAACACGGUUUUAAGACUCCAGAAAGAUGUCUUACCAGCAGCAGCAGUGCAAGCAGCCCUGCCAGCCACCUCCCGUGUGCCCACCUAAGUGCCCAGAGCCAUGCCCACCUCCAAAGUGCCCUGAGCCAUGCCCACCACCAAAGUGCCCUGAGCCAUGCCCACCUCCAAAGUGCCCUGAGCCAUGCCCACCUCCAAAGUGCCCUGAGCCAUGCCCACCACCAAAGUGCCCAGAGCCAUGCCCACCUCAGCUGUGCCAGCAGCAAUGCCCACCUGUGCAACCUCCUCCACCAUGCCAGCAGAAGUGCCCACCCAAGAGCAAGUAA